AUGUUCUAUAUACCAUUCGACGCAGAAUUUAAUGGGCUACAUUUUGAUGAAGAUAAUAAUGAUAUCGUAAUAAUUGAUGCUCCUUCAUAUGAUCCAACAUUAAUUUUACCGACUCAAAUGAUGAACGACAAAAAAUUUCAUUCAUAUGAAUUAUGGAACUUAGAAGACGCCGUAACCUAUACUUUUGGUCUGUAUUUAUCUAAACUUGAAACUUUACGGCGAUGGUCGAUCGGUCUUCAUGUUAAUUUAUGUAUACGUGACACAUCAUUUUCAUUUAAUUAUCGUCACAAAUUAGUUAAAUAUACUUGUCUUGAUUGUAUUACUGUGGCUCAUUUAAAUUUAUUCAUGCAACAAUCAAACAUUCCACUUGAUCUUAAAUUUGCACAUCAGGAAAAUAUUUCAGGCGAAUAUAAUUUGUCAAAUAAUUUAAGUGUCGUCCCAGAUAUAUUUCAGGUCUAUGAAGAAAGUUCAUUAUCUUCAAUUGAACAAUCUGACAAACCACUGGUGGCCGUUCAUGUUUUUAAUGAACGCCAUUAA